AGGGACGUGUAUCCCCAGGUGCCGGCGACACAGCACGGGGGGCGUGGGGACACUAGGCACAGGACCGACGGACACACACCAGGCUCCAGGUGCGGUCCCCGUGGGUGGCGUGGCGCCCGUGGCCGGGCCGAGGGCGGCUCCCGGUGAGUCACGGCGCUGCUCCCGCCCCUCCCCGGCCGCCUCAUAAGGCGCCGCGGGCCGAGCGCCGCCGUGCCGAGCCGCGGGCUCUGCUCUCCCUGUGUGUCGGACAGCCUUGGGGGCACCGGCCGCGACCCGAGGGACCCCGGGAGGAGGAUGCUGGGUGAGCCCCUGGGACGCCCUGCCUGGAUCCUCUUGCUCUGCUGGGGCUUGGCUGCUUGCUGCACAGGUGCCAUGGCCUCACAGCCGCCCAGCAUCACCAUCCUGCAGGUGCCAGCAGAGCUGCCUCGCCCAGGUGAGAAUGUAACUGUGUCGUGUGAGGCGUGGAGCGAGCUUCCAGAGCUGACACUGCUCUACUGGCUGGAGAAUGGCUCCUUCGUGGAGAGCCUGCACCCGGAUGGAGCUGUGCGUGAGGGGACAGUGCAAGAGGAGCUGCAGGGCUCGGGGUGGGCUCUGCACCGUGAUCUGCACUUCAGCUCCUUCGACAGCCAGCACCUGCACACCAACUUCACCUGCGUGGUGCUCAGUCCCCUCGGUGUCGACACCAGGGAGGUGCGCUGGCCGUCCCCAGCACUGGCCCCUGUCACUGGGAACAGUGGGGGCCUGGGCUGAGAUGGGGGAGCGCCCUGCAGUGCAGCUCCCUGCUCUGACAGCCCCACACCACUGCAUACACAUGGGACACCUCCAGGGACGCCUGUCUCUGUAACCUGCUUUGGGGACUGUGUGGCCCCACAUGUGCUGGCCCCACUGUGAGUGGGGCUCCUGGUGCCCUGAGCUGAGUCAGGAGCACUGCCUGGGCUGGAACUAGCCCUGCCCAUAGCUGGCUCUGGGACCCCAGAGUUUAUUAAAGUACAGCAAGGCUACCCAGUGUCACCUGCAUCCUGGGGAUGGUGCUGCCCAGGGGUGUAGAGGGCACUGUGGGAUGAAGAGGGAGGGAGAGGAGGUAGCCCUAGUGCCCAUGAAGGGCAGGCUCCAUUCCUGACCCCCUUCCUGCCUGGUAAAGGGCUAGAGAGCCACAGUCAGUCCCAGUUCUGCCCAGCACAACAGAUGUACCCUGCCCUGGAAGAGAGGGUGGGUGGAGAAGCCCUGGGGUGCAGGCACCCUAGAAGGUAGGCCCCUCACAUGCCUCUGCACCUGGGGGUUUGGAGCUGUUCCUCAGCAUGGCGUUGCUGAGUCCCCUCUGCUGCCCUAUGGGGCAGCCCCCAUGACUAUCCUGUGCUGGCAGGACCCCUGCUCUUGGGUGCCAGCCCCCUUCUGGUUCCCUCAGGUGCUUGUGGGGGCUGUGACUCCCCUGGGCUGUGGGACAAGCUGGGGAACACAUCCCAAACCCCUUGAGCAACACCUGGGCUAUGGGCAGCACACUUCAGGAUACUCAGAAUAUGGGAGGGAUAGGGAUGGGGAGGUUGGAGAAGCCUCCAGAUGCAGCCCCCAUGAGCUGCCCUCCACCCAGGGAGCCACAGGAGCCCCCUGGAGGCACCCUAGUCCCACAGACUCUUAGAAGCCAGGGGAAGGCAAGCAGUGGAGCAGGGACUGGCCCAAGGCAGCCCUGCUGCACCCCCUAGCCCUAUUAAUUCCAACCUCCAUUCCUGGGAGAGUCUCUCCCAGACCCCACACACAGCUGCAUCCUGACACCACAGCUGCUGCUCAGCCAAUGUCCUGGGGGCAGUGGCACUAUGGCCAGGCUGAGCUGGGGGCAGAUACCUGCAAUGCAGGACCCUUUGUGGGUAUCUCCAUGUCCCCUCUCUUGUCCUGCUGUCCCUGUGAUGCUGGUGGCUCCAUCCCCGACCUGUUCUCCUUGUUGCAGUGUGAUGGCAGCCCCACACUCCUCUCUGCACAGCAUGGCAGGGCUGGGUGCCAUCUUGUGCCAUGCUGUGUCACACUUUGUUGCCCACAGACCCCACUACAAACCACAGGUCAGAGCAGCUCAGAAAUGUGCAAGGCCUUGUGCCCACAGCACACCCCCCCUACGACCAAGAUCAAGACCUCCCUGUCCUAGCAGAGCUGAUGGGACAGGAAAAUUCCCUGCCACAUGUCCCCAUGGCCCAGAAGUGGGAGAGACUGUCCUGCAGGGACAUCACCUCUCACAAAAUCACAGUUGUAGGUGCUGAGCACAGUUGGAAACAGCUGGAAGAGGGUGAUAUCAGUAAACUCAAACUUCUGGAAAAGCAGGAUGAGGACCUCCUUGUCUCCUUAUGGAACAGGUCCUUGGUAGGGACACUGUAGCCGAUGUCCAUCAUGAAGAUGACAUCCCAGUUGAAGGGCAGGGUGCCCAUUUUCCAGAGGGAGGUGGAGCAGCCAACAUGGAUGGGUUGGUGGCACUGGGAUG